CCACAACAACCACAGAGGCGGCCACAACAACCACAGAGGCGGCCACAACAACCACAGAGGCGGCCACAACAAAGGCGGCCACAACAACCACAGAGGCGGCCACAACAACCACAGAGGCGGCCACAACAACCACAGAGGCGGCCACAACAACCACAG